AUGGCUCAAAAGGCAGUUGCCGAGAAUAUGUUGUGGGGAGGACGAUUCACCGAGGGCCUCGACCCGUUGAUGGUCCAAUACAACGAAUCCCUCCCCUACGACCGCAUCUUCUGGAAACAAGACAUCCUGGGCUCCCUGGCCUUUGCACGCGCCAACACCCGCGGCGGCAUCCUUACAUCUAACGAAUUCUCCGAAAUCGAGCGCGGCUUCAAACAGAUCGCCGAAGAAUGGAGCAAUAACAGCUUCGUCGUCAAGGCCAACGACGAGGAUAUCCACACCGCGAACGAGCGUCGAUUGGGCGAGAUCAUCGGCAAAGAUAUUGCCGGAAAAUUGCACACGGGCCGAUCGCGCAAUGAGCAGAUUGCGACUGACAUGCGGUUGUGGUUGAGAGAUGAGUUGCGGAAAUUGGAUUCAUUCUUGAGCGAUUUGAUCAAAGUCUCUGUGGCACGCGCGGAGCAGGAUAUUGAGUAUUUGAUGCCGGGGUAUACGCAUUUGCAAAAGGCGCAGCCGGUGCGGUGGUCGCAUUGGGUGUUGUCGCAUGCUGUUGCAUUUGCGUCGGAGCUGGGUCGUUUGCGUGAGGUGAUCAAGCGGGUUAACAAGUCGCCAUUGGGGACUGGUGCGCUUGCCGGUAACCCGUUCCAGAUUGAUCGGGAAGGUAUGGCGAAAGAGCUAGGGUUUGAUGGUAUUACGAUCAACUCGAUGAACACGGUGGCCGACCGAGACUUUGCCAUGGAAACAAUGCAGUGGGGAAGCUCGUUUAUGCUCAAGAUUUCCCGCUGGGCGGAGGAUUUGAUUAUUUACAGCAGUUUGGAGUUUGGCUUCGUCCGCCUUGCCGACGCUUAUUCUACGGGCUCCUCGCUUAUGCCGCAAAAGAAGAACGCAGAUAGUCUCGAGCUGCUUCGUGGUAAGGCCGGACGAGCAUUUGGCCAUGUCGCGGGUCUCAUGAUGACCAUCAAGGGACUGCCGACUACGUACAACAAGGACUUGCAAGAGAGUGUUGAGCCACUUCUUGACCACAUCAAGACUGUCGGCGACAGCAUCCAGAUCGCCACUGGUGUUCUUUCCACUCUGACCGUCAUCCCGGAGAAGAUGCACGCUGCGUUGGCACCGGAAAUGUUGGCCACCGAAUUCGCCGAUUACCUCGUUCGCAAGGGCGUGCCGUUCAGAGAGGGCCACCACAUUUCAGGACGUGUCGUCGCCUUGGCCGAAAAGAACAAUGUCCCCAUGGACACUCUUACGCUUGAGCAGCUGCAAGGAAUCGACAGUCGCUUCGGAUCGGAUGUGCAGGAAUGUCUGGACUACGAGCGUGCCGUUGAGUUGAAGGAUGCGAUUGGCGGUACGAGCAAGCGCGCUGUCCGCGAGCAGAUUGUUGCUUUGAAAGCAAUUAUUCAGGGUGAUGCUUAA